AUGAGCCAAACACAACAGCAGCUUCAGCCACAGCUGCCACCACAACCUUCAUUCCUUUCAAAGAUGAAUCCCUUUGCAGGUAUUCCAAAGUAUCAGAUUGCACAACAAAUAAUCAACUUUGGUCUGAUUGUGUCAUCGGCACUGAUGAUCUGGAAGUUUCUGAUGGUGUUCAGUGGUAGUGAGAGUCCGAUCGUCGUUGUACUCUCUGGCAGUAUGCGUCCAGCGUUUGAUCGUGGUGACCUACUAUACCUAAACAUGGACGAUGGUCCAUUCAGAGUUGGUGAGAUCGUUGUCUUCAAAAUCGAUGGCAAAGAGAUCCCAAUCGUACAUAGAAUACUACAUGUUCACGAGAAACCAAAUGGAGACUUUGAUAUCUUGACAAAGGGCGAUAACAACACAGAGCACGAUAGAGGAUUGUACGCGGAUGGACAGAUUUGGCUGAAUCGUCAACACAUUAUUGGAAGAGCAAAGGGAUUCCUGCCUUAUGUUGGUAUGGUCACGAUUGUAAUGCACGACUAUCCUUAUCUAAAGGUGUUACUAGUUGCUGUAUUGGCACUCUUUGUACUCUCCACGAGGGAGGAGUAG